UUGUUGUUGCCAUGAGGACGGCCAAGUAGCAGAGGGAACUGAGCUGCAGCAUCGCGCUUCCUCGGGAGCUUGCAUUCUCACAAUGGGGGGGAGGAGGAGGAUGAAGCUUUCUUGUUGCUUCUUGCUUGUUUGCUCUCUCAAACUGCUUGAUUUACUUGGAUGCAGUGUCUGAAUCAUCUCUGCUCAUAUUCACACCAGAGCAAUAGCAAGGAAACAUACUUGCAUUUGAAAAGUGAGCGAUCUGAAUGACAAGCCCCUCAUUUUGAAGAAAAGGCAGGUCUCCAGAUGUUUAAGGGGACUGCAGCCCAUCUAUGUUUGUACUGGAGAGCUGUGUACCUGCUGGCUGCAGGGGUGGCGUUACCGUCUGAAACGCUCUGGAUGUGUCCACCUCCCUGCCGUUGCAACGCCGCUGUUCUGGAUGCAAACUGCUCCGGUGCUCAGCUUAGCUCCGUGCCCGAUGUUCUUCCUCAACAUGCCGAGCUGCUCAAUCUAACCCACAACAUGAUCAAGACUCUAGUAAAUCGGCAGUUUCAUACACUAACACAGCUUUUACACCUCGAUUUAAGUGACAAUCUUUUGGCGCUGGUCGAAGUGGAAGCCUUCCUCGGCCUGCAAAGCCUGCUGACGCUGCGUCUUUCUCACAAUAACCUCAGGAUUUUUUCAGUGGGAGUGUUCGCUGGUUUGACAAACUUGCAAUUACUAGAUAUAAGCAGUAAUAAAAUUCUUGUACUCUUAGACUUUACUUUCCGGGACUUAGCAUCUCUGCAGGUUUUCCUAGCAGACAAUAACGACUUUGUUUUUAUCUCUAAUCAAGCCUUGACUGGACUGAGUAGCCUACAAAGCCUGAUCCUUGACGGCUGUAAUCUCACUGCUGUGCCAACUGAGGCGCUCACUCAGCUGAGUGUGUUAAAAAGCCUUCACAUUUACCAGCUUGGCCUUAACACAAUGCCAAACUACUCUUUCCAUCCUUUGCUGCACCUAAAGGAGCUCGUCAUUGCACAUUUCCCCAGGCUGGAGACUCUUUCAGGAAACAGUCUUUUUGGCCUUAAUCUUACAUCCUUAUCCAUCAAACACUGCAACCUUAAUGAGGUACCUUACACUGCUUUGCAUCACCUUGUGUACCUCAUGUCUCUUGACCUUUCUUUUAAUCCUAUCACCUACAUCCAUGGGAAGCUGCUUGGAGACUUACUCCGGCUCCAGGAGUUUAAUCUGGUCGGCGGCUUGCUGGUAAGCAUUGAAAUUGGAGCAUUUAAAGGUUUGGGAUAUUUAAGAAUGCUGAAUAUUUCAAGUAAUCUUCUCACCACACUUGAGGCAGGAUCUUUUCAUUCAGUGGACACCUUAAAAAGCCUGGGGCUAGAAAACAACCCCCUUGCUUGUGACUGCCGCCUGCUUUGGGUGGCUCGAAGGCGACUGUAUGUGAAUUUUGGCAGGCAUCCACCGACCUGCAAAACCUCCACCCAGCUGCAGGGCUGGAAUUUUCUGGAGUUCUCCGAGGAUGACCUACUGAAUGUGCUCACCUGCCGGCAGGCUCGAAUAGUGGACCGAAGGUCCCAAGAUGUGAGAGUUGAUCAAGGACACUCUGUGAUGUUUUACUGCAGCGCCGAAGGUGACCCCCAGCCAUCUGUCAGCUGGCUUAAUCCGCAGCUAAGGCAGGUUUCGCCUGUUGGCAGGAUACGGGCCCUCUCCAACGGCUCCCUGGAGGUCCGCUAUGCUCAGUCACAUGAUAGCGGCACUUAUAUCUGCUUGGUGUCUAAUGCAGCAGGAAAUGAAAGCCUGCGUGUCAGCCUUCAUGUCAAAGCCUUGCCACCACCUUCUAAAAUACAUUAUAGUCUUAAAAGCUGGCCUGUCUUUCCUUCUUCUCCCCCAGGAGUUGAUGGAAAUGAGAAUCUUCCGUUUGAUGUGAAGACUCUUCUGAUAGCAGCAACGAUUGGAUUCCUUUCAUUCUUCGGCUCGGUGUCCGUGUGUUUUAUUUUCAUGUUCAUCUGGAGCAAAGGAAAAGGGCAAAUCAAGCACACGGCAACAAUUGCAUACGUGCCACGCAGCGCCAUGUCUAACAGUAACACUGGGACAUCUAACUACAUGGAGACAAGCAGGUUCACCAUGAAGCUUAUAUGAGGUGGUUUGAUAAAUGGAACAACAUUUUUGAUGACGUGUGGCCUGCUAAGAAAAAGUACAUAGUAAAGCAUAUAGGACUCUUUUUAAUUUUUGAAUUGUAUGUAAUUAUUACCUUCUACUAACUACAAUAUACUUCUAGCAGUCUGAUUAUUUAAAUGAAUGCAAGCAUGUCAUAUUCCAGACGUUAUGAGGAUUUUAGGUUAUCUACUGUACAUUAACUGGGAUUAUUUUCUUGCUUGUUUCUUGUAGAACAAACAGUCUGCACAUCUUUAAGAGGUAACACUUCUGACAGGAUAUCACAUGAAUAAAAUGUGGAGAGAUUAAGACAUUAAAGCUAAAGAUGCACUGAUCAGAUUUUUCCUGGCUGAUACUGAUUUCUAGUUUACUUUCAGGCCUGAGCUGCCUUUUCUGAUUUUGACAGAUUGCAUUUUCAUUAGGCUAGUGAUUUGCUAGAGAAACAGUUGAAAUGAAGGAAUUACAAGACUAUUUAAGUCGCCAUUUUGAUAAAAUCAAAAUAGUUUGUCGAAGUACAUUCUGUAGGGACAAGUAAAAGUAUAAGGGACUUUAUUUUUCAGCAUCAAAACAAGUUCAAGAACACCCACAUCAACAAAAGAAUGACUUGUCCUGAAGAAAGUUAAAGUUUUUGAAUUGCCUAGUCACAUUCCAGCACUAAAUUCAAUAUGGUGUCCUUGCAAUCUGAUGGAUUUAAGGAACCUUUGCAAGGUAAAGGGACUAAAUACUGCCACUGCUGACAUACCGAAUGCUGAAAUUGAACUAAAAGUUGUUUCAAAUAUGUAACCAGGUUUUUGCAGCCUUUUUAGCUUUUACAUUCUUGCCCCUACAGAUGUUUUUGUUUUUCAUUGAAUUUCUAGAGAAUAACUGUCACAUUAAAUGUGGAACAAAAAAAUUGUCUAGCGUGGUUUGAUUUUUUUCUACAUCACAGAAUCCUGGCAUUUUAACAGAAGUAUGUGGACUUUCAAAUCUACAUUCCUAUUAAGUCACUUUAACUUUAUCACGUCACUGGAUCCUACAGUUUGUGUCUGAAUGUACGAAUUGUACAAAAGGAACCACUGAAGCCUUUUUAAUGCAUAUUUUACUUUUAAAUUAAUCAGAAUGCUCAUUAACUUUUUAUCAAGGCUCCAUGACCUUUUGUUUCCAAUUUGUGAGAAUAUGAAUUAAAACAGAUGCCCAUUACUCUUAUCCGCUAUUCAAAAUGGGAAAGAGAGAAGAACAUGCCAUUCAAAUGAGUCAUACGGUCGGAUCUUAAUAAAUCAGGAAAAUGCUUAAUCCUGCAAAUAUCUACAGCUAGAGCGAUAAUUAAUGUUUGGAUAACUGGAACUGUGACAUUUUGGUGCAAUCAGAGAGGACUUUAUUUCAAGGCUUUUCACACAUCUUCACCAAGGUGCAAAUAAUUGUAUAGGUUGUCAUAAAAAAUAAAUAAAUCCAGAAUCAAGAGGAAACAGACUUGGCAGAUUAAAUAACCGUGUAGUCUGCUUACCUGUCGUUUUAUUUGUUAUGUGGAGGAAGAGUUUAAUAGCCAAUAAUAUAACACUUGUUUUUUUAUUUUACCUUGGAUAAUACACCAACAGGGAUCUAAGCCUUAUAUUAAGAUUAUGGUAAGCCAAUACCUUCGGCAUAGCCUCCUAUUUCUUAUUAAUUAUGAUUUCUUUAAUUUUCUAAAAUUGCACUGUAUAUUAUUCAAUAUCUUUAUAGAGGAAGGUUUUUUUUAUAUUCUGAGAGCAUAAACUAAAAUGUAUGAUCUUUGAAAACUGUUAAUUUGGGUCUACUUCAUUGUGGGACAUUUGAGUUUCAUUGUGAGUGCUGUGAGAAUGAAGACAUCUUCUUGGACAGCAACCAAAGUGAAGUUUGAAGGGUUGACAAAUGGUUUUGCGCUUUCAACUUUCAGUUUCUGCUCCCAUUUUGAGGACAAGUUUACCACACUACAGCAGUGAUCUGAGACCUCCACCAGAGAGUGGAGCUAGCUGCACAUGCUGUGAACACAGAAA